CUCCUGCCAGUAGCUCCUAAACAAAUACUUUAUUCGUUUAUUAUCAACUCCUGGACCCACUAUAUUGGAAAGUGGGGUUCGUAGUUAGCAAGCACUUGGGGCGCGUGACCAAUCACAGUGGCGGGGGCAAACCCGGAGGUGGGCCGUGGGUGGAAUAAGUUAAAACGGACUGUUUUGGCGGGAAGUACAAAUCCAAGGAAAUACAGCUGGAAUAGGUGCAGAUUCUGGAAGAUCUAUAAAGCUUUCAGUGCAGGCUAUUGUGUGUAGCUGCUCUAUAGGAGUCCACAACUCAAUACAAAGGGUAGAAAAAUUAGCAUAAUGGGUCCCCUUUAACAGCGUCAUGCUAGGUUAGCCUAUUAGCUGAAAAAAUGAUCAAACUUACAGCUCCCUUAGUUGACUAAGCUUUAUUUUAAGACGUGUAGGGAAGCCUUUUUUUGGGGGGGGGGGCAUUUUAAUUCAUCUAAGAUGAAGAAAUUAGUAGGUGACCACCUGUGAUGGACACGCAUGUUUUUGCCGUCCAGUGAAAACUAAACAACUUGAUUGUAACUGUACGCCUUGUGUACACACACACACACACACACACACACAAUGUAGCAGAGACCUCCUACAGUCCCACACAGACCCACACACGCCCCUAAAGCUCACACACAACAAACCAGCCCUGAGCGCCACUGUGAGCUAGUGUAUGAUGUGUACACCACGUUAAGAGUGAGAAGAAGCAGAGCCAGUGGACAAACAGUGAUGUGCAGAAUGAAGAUGAUGAUGAUGAUGAUGAUGAUAUUUAUUGCAGCAGCUGUCGGGGACAAGAUGGACGGGAUGCCUGCAAGUUUGUCCAAACGAGCCCUUUGCUUGUGUUACUACUUCCCUGUGGGAGUGAAGGAUAUUCCCAGGAACAUUUCCUCCAACGCUCAAUACGUCCCAAAACCCUGGAGAUAUGUUAGCAUGGGCCGUCUUGCUCCAUGUUUUGGAAGGUGAAAGGUGCUGCCGUGCACUUUGGACAGCCAACCAGGAGGCGGGCCCGACGUGUAAAAAGUCGUUAGACGUUAAGAAGAUCCAUAUGCAUUAGCAGCCUCACAACAAGGAUGAGGACACACUUCAUGGCAGGAGUACUCCCAGCUGGUGAUGUGUGUGUUCCCUCCAAGGCCAAGGCUCCAUGCAGGGAGAUGAAGCAGACCAAAAUUCCAGUCAUCCCUCACGGUGCCUUCACUGACCUGCAGCAGCUCAGGAAGCUGACCAUCCUCAACAACGACGUCCUGAGGACCAUCGCUUCCUCGGCUUUCUCCGGCCUCCCUCUGGUGGCCGACAUAUUCAUCUCGGGAAACGUUGCGCUGGAGACCAUCGGAGCGUUUGCAUUCUCCGACCUGCCCGAACUCCGGGAGAUAACCAUCGCAAAGUCCAAACACCUGACACACAUUGACAGGGAUGCGUUUAAGGACAUUGUCAACCUGCAGCGCCUGAUCAUCUCCAACACAGGACUUGCCACGUUCCCAGACUUGUCAAAGAUCCACUCGGCCGCCGACUGCACACUACUCGACCUGCACGACAACAGGCACAUACAGGAAGUGCCCGCCAACGCCUUCAAUGGCCUCUGCAGGCGUACCAUCAGAGACAUACGGCUCACCAGAAAUGGCAUCCAGGAGGUGGCGAGAGACGCCUUCAACGGCACCAAGAUGCACAGAUUGUCUCUGAAAGGCAACAGACAACUUGCUCACAUCCAUCCAAACGCCUUUGCGGGUUCCAGUGAGUUGGUUGUACUCGACGUCUCCCACACGGCGCUCAGCUCCCUGCCCGAUGCCGUCCUGGUCGGACUCCAGUGGCUCAUUGCUGAGUCGGCGGUCCACCUGAAGAAGCUUCCCCCACGACGGGCCUUCGCCAAGCUGAACCUUGCCCAGGUCACAUACCCGUCACACUGCUGCGUCUUCCUCGACUUGUACAGUAACAGUUCCAGGUGGGACCCCCUUUGCUCUCUCCCCAAAGCCCGAGAUGACGGCCCCCUCAAGGACCACUGCUCCAGCUUCAACUCCACCUGCAGCCCCAUGCCGGACGCCUUCAACCCCUGCGAGGACAUCAUGGCCGCCGUCCCCCUGAGGGCCCUCAUCUGGAUCGUCUCUGUCCUCACGCUGCUGGGGAACGUGGCCGUACUCCUCGUAUUGUUAGGCAGCCGCUCCAAACUGACGGUGCCACGCUUCCUCAUGUGCCACCUAGCGUUCGCUGACCUGUGCAUGGGCGUCUACCUGGUGGUCAUAGCGACGGUGGACACGCUGACACGGGGCCAUUACUACAACCACGCCAUCGACUGGCAGACGGGCCUGGGCUGCGGCGCCGCCGGCUUCUUCACCGUGUUCGCCAGCGAGCUGUCCGUGUUCACGCUGACGGCCAUCACGUUGGAGCGCUGGCACACCAUCACGCACGCCCUACGGCUGGACCGCAAGGUCCGUCUGAGGCACGCCUGCGUGGUCAUGGCGGCCGGCUGGAUCUUUUCCUGCCUGGCAGCGCUGCUUCCCGUGCUGGGGGUUAGCAGCUACAGCAAGGUGAGCAUCUGCCUUCCGAUGGACGUGGAGUCGGUGGCGUCUCAGGUGUACGUGGUGUCGCUGCUCCUCCUCAACAUCCUGGCGUUCGUGUGCGUGUGCGGCUGCUACCUCAGCAUCUACCUGACCGUCCGCAACCCGUCGGCGGCGCCGGCCCGUGCCGACACCCACGUGGCCCAGCGCAUGGCCGUGCUCAUCUUCACCGACUUCCUGUGCAUGGCGCCCAUCUCCUUCUUCGCCGUGUCGGCGGCGCUCAAGCUGCCUCUCAUCACCGUGUCGGACGCCAAGCUGCUGCUGGUUCUCUUCUACCCCAUCAACUCCUGCUCCAACCCCUUCCUGUACGCCUUCUUCACGCGCACCUUCCGCCGCGACUUCUUCCUGCUUGCUGCUCGCUUCGGCCUCUUCAGGACGCGCGCGCAGAUCUACCGCACGGAGAGCUCGUCCUGCCAGCAGCCGGCGUGGACGUGCCCCAAGAGCAGCCCCGUCAUCGCGUACGCGCUGGUCAACAACGCCGCCGCCGUGGGCGGGAACCAGCAGAGAUGACACGCGGACCCGCCUACCUUUGCUAUGAGAGCCUCGUCCUUACGCAGCCUGUCAGCUCGUUUCCUCAAUUGGCCAAAAGUAUCCAGUAGUCACAAAUCACGUGACCCCAGGGCGCCCUCCUGUGUCGACCUCCAUGUUUCUUUCAAGAGGGAAUGCACCCUUUUCAUCCAUGUUACAGGGAAUUGCUCUUCCAGAAGUAUUCAUGUUUAUUAGGAACGGAUUGACGUUUUGGGUAUUUGUUGCUGCUACUCGCUAACCUUGCUGUCAUCCACUCGUAUUGAAAUAUACUCAUUGUUACUACUUUGUUACGUACAUAAAGCAACGGGAUUGUGUACAGGGGGAUACAUUGUGCUUGUGUGCGGCCAUGUGUUUGUAUUCAUUACUCAAUGUUGCCUUUGUUCUCUUAUUCCUGCAUUUAGAAAAUGUAUUUUUUUUUUACAAGCCGUGUUUGCCUGGUGAGUGUAUGCGAGUCAUAACAAACUCAUACACACACACACACACACACACAGAGUUAAGCUGUCGUUAUCUUGAAGCAAAGCUAUCCUUCACAGCCUCACAGGAGGCGUUCAAGGACAAAGUGACCCUAGCAGCCCUCGCUCAGCCUCAUGUGCCUCAUGCUGGAACACAGCUGCCUAGAGGGGAAUUGAUACGGUGCCCACACACCUGUGGACCACAGUGAUGGUCAAGGCUGCAGCUGCAGGAACAAACACGCUGUACUCCGCCUUCCCCACUUAUACAGUAUAUAUAUUUGUUUUCUCACCCCCUCCCUUUGGAACUCUUACACUGCUGACCUUACCUCCUUCUCAGUAACUUUCAAAAAACUCUUUGAAACUUAGUAAUACUUUCAUCACUUAAUCACUUUACAAUCUUAGUAGCUUCUAUUGUGUACGAACUUUUAACUAGUUGUCCUGAACUCUUGUCUUCUGCUGUUAUUUUGUUUCAUAUUUCAUAUUUUUUGCAUCUUUGACUUUUUGAAAAGCGCUCUAUAAAAAAUAUGUUAUUAUUUUCAUGUUUUUAACCCUACCCAUAGCUCCAAUAUACAUCAUACAGUCGUUCUUAGUUAUGCGACUUUCAAUAUUGUACAUUAGUGCCAUCUGGUGGCCGUUUCAUUCAUUUUAAUAUAUUAAUAUAUCUGAUCAACUCGGUUUGUUUACGUUUAUCAUUUAUAUCGGUAUAAGUUUGUUUCAGGCUGAACUUAAAUUGAGUGAGACGUCUCGCUUUACCCCAGAGCAUUUGUCUCACUUCAUCCCACAUCCACCUUUCUGGAAAAAAACACAGUUGCUACCAUUUCCGGCUAAUCUUCAACUAGCAUCAACCACAGAUAGUUAUGUUAUGGUAGUUCAUGGACAUGGAUGAUAUCAGUUGUUUUACCUCAAUCAGUUUGCUUUGACAUCAUUUUAGAUUAAGUUGACAGGAAGAAUGUUUUUUUACAUGCAAAAAAAUGAUUUUUUGUUUUUGUUCCAUUGCCCCGAAACAGGGGGUGUCUCACAUUACCACACCUUCCCCUAUGUGUAAAACCACUUCCUGUUUUGAAUGGCGUCACCGUUUUCAUUUUGACAUAUCGAAAUGCAGCAAAGUAACCUGAUAGGCACCCUCAAGUGGACAAGCAGUGUAAUUACAGGUGGCGGAUGUUACGAGCGGUUCGUCUAUGCAAUUUCCCCACGCUGCCUUCAUGUGAAACCUAGAGAUGUGACGUUCGCAAACGACUCGAAUAUUUUGAAUAGCUAUUUAAAGGAACGAUGAGAACCAAGUCCCGGAUGCACAAAGAACGACUCAUUCAUACAUGCAAAUUGCUCAUCCGUCAAACUGUUUUCGAGUUGCUCACCUUGCCUUUAGGUGAACAAGUAACAUCUCUGAGUUUGAUGUGUUCAUCGAUGCGAACAAAGCGACACCGUAUAUGUACAACUAACCUUGGGGAGGAAAUAACGUCCACGCCGGUUAGCGCGUUUUGUGGUUAACAACCAGAAAAAUUGUGCCAAAAUGUUGCCUAAGCCCGGUUUGUUUAUGCCGCCAUCUUGGAUCAUGUGGCCAUGAUUAAAUCUCAUGAUGCUUUCUUGGACUGUACCAAGACAAGAGUGCAAGAAUUUUGCAGCUUAAAGAGAAGUUAUUUCAGAGGUAGUAUGUAAAUGUAACGGGAGGGGCUCUGUCAUUGCAUUACAUUCUAUUAUUCUAUUAUAUACAUUCUAGCAACCCGGUGUGCAUUGAGGGUUAGAGUCAGUUGAGUCGGACUGUCUGGAACAGAUUAAUCACGACAACGAGCUAGUGUUUUGAACGGU